GCGAAAUUGAAUCUCACCCAGGGUCUCAAUACUAAUCCUUUGGUCUAGUAAUCAUUCCUCGGUUCGCAGUUUAUUUUACUUUAUUUGAUCCAAGUGUUGUCCACCCAUCUCACAUCCACACUACAAGAAGAAAAGUUAUCUACCAAUACUACAGCAGAUGUCUCUCCUUCCUCUUAUUCAGGGCCACUGCGCCCCUCCCUUCUCGCCUCUCCGCAAUACCCUGACUGAGAAUCUGCAAGCCGGGGAGGAGCUAGGCUUCAGCCUCAGCGUGACCGUCGGCAACGAAACGGUGGUCGAUCUCUGGGGCGGAUAUGCGGACGCUGCGCGCACGCAGCCCUGGACUGCUAACACCGUCACGUGCAUUUUCUCCAGCUCCAAAGUCAUCACCAACCUGGCAGCAAACAUGCUGAUUGACAGGGGCCUGCUGGACCCUUCAGCGCCUGUGGCGCGCUAUUGGCCCGAAUUUGCUGCCAAUGGCAAGGAAACCAUCCUUGUCAAGCAUGUCCUGAGCCACACGGCGGGCCUGCCGGCUUGGGAGCUGCCCAUCACGCUGGAGGAGAUCUGCGACACCCCCGUGGCAACGGCCAAGCUGGCAGCGCAGCAACCGUGGUGGUCCCCGCCCGGUAGCCACCUGGGGUAUCACCCGGCCACACAAGGCGUGCUGGUAGGCGAGCUGGUGCGCCGCAUCACCGGCCAGUCGCUAGGGGCCUUCGUCCAGUCUGAAAUUGCCGAGCCGUUGGGGGCCGACUAUCGUCUAGGUGUACUCCCCGCCGAUGAGGAAGGGGACCCCGCCCGUGUUGCUGAGAUGGUACCGCAGCCGCAGAUGCUUUCACUCGAGGGAUUGGACCCGGCCAGCAUUAUGAUGCGCACCACUAUGGGAAGCCCCAUCCCGCCCCAAGCUGUCAACGGACCAGGUGCGCCGCUGCGUCGCACUGAACUGGGCGGUACCAAUGGCUUCUCCAACGCUCGCGCUAUGGCUCGCAUCGGCUCCAUGGUCGUCAACGGAGGUCAGCUUGACGGAAAGCGAUUCCUCUCCCCCGAGACUAUCAAUCGCAUCCUGGAGCCACAGGUCGAUGCUGUCGAUUCGGUCAUGGGCAAGCGAAUGUCCUGGGGACUGGGCUGGGCUCUUCCCACCUCGGGCAACUCCUACGACUUGGUCACUGAUGGGCGCGUGGCUUACUGGGAAGGUUGGGGAGGGUCUAUCCUCAUCAUGGACCUAGAUCGAAAGAUGUGUAUUGCAUAUGCAAUGAACAAGAUGGGCGCCAGCUUGGAGGGCGAUGACCGCACCCAGGCCUAUGUUAAGCAGAUCUACCAGAUUGUCCGUGACAUGCAAGAUACUAAGGAGAUAUAAGACUUUAGUAUGUUUUUAACUUAAUAUGAUACCUUUCCU